UGACUCGCACUCACGCCCAUUCAGCAUGUAGCGAAGUGAAAAAAGCGAGGGGGUUUGAAACUGGAGAAUGUGGCAACAUUGUUUUUUCCAUGUAGGUAAUAUCAACAAGCGAGUCAUUUCUUCCUCUCCACUGAUGCCUUCUUUGAUUUAACUUACCGUGCCUGUUAAGUACUGUAUCAAGGAGUAUAACCCGCAGACGGGAACGUUACCGGCCAGCUGCUGUGCUGAAGGAGGAAAUGCGACGUCAUGCAAGAAAGAAGAAUGUUAUUUUGGCCGUGCUGCUUAUUGCAGGGGGACUGUACUUCAUUAACCAUUCCAACUUCCUCAUUUCUGGCUGGACGAAGUCACACCAACCAACUCCAAAUAAGUUGAUUUGGGAAGCGGAGAGGUUGGUUAGUAAGGAGUCCUGGGUGGAACGGGGAGAUUACCUGCCUCUCAAUGUGUCCUACGAGCUGCUUGCAGGAGCACCAUCCACUCAACCGAGGUUUUUAUCUGUUGGGUUAUCAUCGGUGAAAAGGAAGAAGGGCAGCUACCUGAUCCCCACCUUGCAGUCCCUCUUCUCCCAGUCGUCUCCUGAAGAGCGCUCCUCCAUGGUGGUGGUGGUACUGCUAGCAGAUUUUGAUGUCAGCUGGAGAGUCGCUACGGUGAGGGAGAUCAAAACUGCAUUUGCCUUGGAGCUGGAGCAAGGCCACUUGGUGGUCCUGCAUGUUCCUGAGGAGUGGUACCCCCCUCUUACAGGUCUAAAGAGGAACUACAAUGAUGCUCCUGAUAGAGUGUCGUUCCGCUCCAAGCAGAACCUUGAUUACUCCUUCCUGAUCCACUACAGCACCGGCCUUGGUCAGUACUACCUCCAGCUGGAGGAUGACAUCUCCUCCGCAAAGAACUUCCUCUCCACCAUCAAGAGGCAUGUUGAGGAGCAAGAAGCAAAGAAAACCACCUGGGCAAUGCUGGAAUUCUCCAGCCUUGGCUUCAUUGGGAAACUCUACAGAUCAGCUCACCUUCCUCUCCUGGCCCGCUUCCUCUUCCUCUUCUACCAGGAAAUGCCCUGCGAUUGGUUGAUGUCACACUUCCGAGAGCUGCUGACACAGAGUAAGCCAAUCCUCUUGAAACCCUCACUGUUCCAACACAUGGGGACUUUCUCUUCGUUCCAAGGGAUAUAUAACAAACUAAAGGACAAGGAUUUUGAGGAGGGGUUGUACUCCAAUCCUCCAGCAGAAGUUUACUCCAAUAUGUCCACUUACCAGAAACACUUCCCCAAACUGGCCUGGGACGCUGGGGAGGGAUUCUUCUGGGGACGCUCCCCAGAGAAAGGAAAUUACCUGACUGUGGUGUUCAGGGACCCUACAGUGGUGACAGAGAUAUUUGUAGAAACAGGCUCGGGGGGCAAAGACCUCCUUGAGUCAGCUUCGGUGGAAAUAGGCCACAAUGUGGUUACCAUUGAAAAAGACAAGAAAAGUUGCAAAGAGUUCCAGUCAGUGGGGACAAUGGAGAAUGGGAGGUUUGGGAUGCAGGAGGUAGACAAAAAAUAUGGCUCUGAAUCUUCCUGUCUGAGGAUACAAGUCACAGCUGGGCAGAAGGAUUGGGUGAUCAUUAGGAAAAUCAGGAUCGCAACAAAGCCAAGAACACCUCCACACCAAGCACAGGUGUGAAUUUGUUUUUCCUGCCAGAUUAAUAAUUUAUCUCUGUUUGAUUUGCUGGACCUUGUGUACUGACGAAACACAAGACUAUCGUGCCUUGUUAAACUGUUUCAUCGGUGAAACUACAAUCAAACGCUCAAUUAUAUUGUAAAGCCACUGUAUAUGAAGAAAAUGUUUGACCAAGCUCUGUGAUGUUAUCUCUUCAACAUAAUAAGGAGAUUUGCAAUGAUAAAAGUUAUCAGCAAUAA